UUUUACAACUAAUGGUACAUUACCCCAGAAACCCCGUCAUGAAGGGAACGAUGAUCCUUGGCGCAGAGGGAUGUCUCCACUGCUUUGCAAGGUCCUGCGAAGGUGAGUUCAGAGUCGCGCUCUCAGAAACCCCACCCUCCUGUGCGUCCGAGGGGAUGUGUUCCCUUAGGGACUUUGGUUGGUAUUUAUUGAUUAGAGUCUAUUGAUGUACGCAGGAGAGGGGUGGUUUGGAUCGAUAAAUGAUAAUCAUAGCUCAGUGUCUAUGAUCCAAGCCUCGCUUAUACUCAAGCUUAUACUCAAACAGGUUGAGCACUUCUAGCUCUGUGCCACACGCCUCUCUCUCUCUCUCUUUCUCUCUGCUUUUUCUCGCUUCCUUCCCCCUUCCCUCUUCUCUGUCUGCUGCGCGUCUCUAUGGGAGGGUACUGUGGCUAACAGGCACUACCAGAGCCGGGGGGGUGGGGGAAGAGAGAGCACUGUCUAUCAACCCAGGCUAGACAUGCCAUCACAACGCUGACCCGCCUAUCGCAUCCGUGCCAUUUAAAGUAGAGAACGCCAGAGAGCGAACGAGCGGCAGAGCGAGGUAAUAAGUCAAACAUCAAGAAAUAACUAUAAAACACAAGCCUAUUACGUUACCCUGCAAGCAAACUGAGGGAAAACGACCCGUGACGGGCAAGUACAAAUAGGCAAAGUCACGUCGGUGCUGUCGGAGAGACUGAGUCCGUGCUCUCCCACUUCGCGCUCCACUGACUGUAUCUACGCUGAGUACCUCGCUGCAGCGGGAUUUACCUUUCUAUUUAAGAGUUUCUGAUUUUGUUUGCUUACGGUUCCUUUGCCCUUUGGAAUAGAGAAAGGAUUGUCCUUGUCAGACCAGACUUGGUUUCCUUCCCUCCGAAGGAAAUUGGUUUCUGCUCUCAUUCCCAGAUGAUGCCUGAUCGUCCUCGGAGGAGGCUGUCGCUGUAGCCGCUCUGUUGCCUUCUAAUAAGUUGGGUGUCGCGAUGGCGGCCGGAGUAGCAGCGUGGCUACCCUUCGCCCGGGCAGCUGCCAUAGGAUGGAUGCCCGUGGCUAACUGCCCCAUGCCUCUUGCCCCAGGCGACAAGAACAAGAAGCAAGACGAGCUUGUCAUCCUCAACGUGAGUGGCAGGCGCUUCCAAACUUGGAAGAACACCUUGGAGCGAUUCCCGGAUACGUUACUGGGCAGCACCGAGAAGGAGUUCUUCUUUCACGAAGAAAGCAAGGAGUAUUUCUUUGACCGGGAUCCUGACAUCUUCAGAAAUGUGCUGAAUUUUUACAGGACGGGCAAGUUGCACUAUCCACGGCACGAGUGCAUAUCUGCCUACGACGAAGAGUUGGCUUUCUUUGGCAUCAUCCCGGAGAUCAUCGGGGACUGUUGUUACGAAGAAUACAAAGACAGAAAGAGGGAGAACGCAGAGAGGUUGAUGGAUGACAGUGACUCUGAAAACAAGGUGGAAGGUAACCUGCCAUCGCGCACCUGCCGCCAGACUAUGUGGAGGGCCUUUGAGAACCCGCACACCAGCACCUUGGCCUUAGUCUUUUACUAUGUCACUGGCUUCUUCAUAGCAGUGUCAGUCAUCACCAAUGUGGUCGAGACGGUGCCCUGCGGAAUUGGCCCGAGCGACGUCAAGGACUUGCCAUGCGGAGAAAGAUACGUGGUGGCUUUCUUCUGCUUGGACACCGCGUGUGUCAUGAUCUUCACUAUCGAAUACCUUCUGCGGCUUUUUGCAGCCCCGAGCCGCUACAGGUUCAUGAGAAGUGUGAUGAGCAUCAUCGAUGUAGUGGCCAUCAUGCCUUAUUACAUUGGCCUGGUUAUGACCAACAACGAGGACGUGAGUGGAGCCUUUGUGACUCUUCGUGUCUUCAGAGUCUUCCGGAUUUUCAAGUUUUCUCGCCAUUCCCAAGGACUGAGGAUCCUCGGUUACACCCUGAAGAGCUGCGCGUCUGAACUGGGAUUCCUCCUGUUUUCCCUCACCAUGGCCAUCAUAAUCUUUGCCACAGUGAUGUUCUAUGCUGAGAAGGGCUCGACGCAUAGCAAGUUUACAAGCAUUCCCGCGUCCUUUUGGUACACAAUCGUCACCAUGACAACUCUGGGCUAUGGCGAUAUGGUACCGAAGACAAUAGCUGGGAAGAUCUUUGGCUCCAUCUGUUCCUUGAGUGGUGUCCUGGUGAUCGCUCUGCCUGUCCCAGUCAUCGUUUCCAACUUCAGCAGAAUCUACCAUCAGAACCAGCGGGCAGACAAGCGGAGAGCACAAAAGAAGGCCAGGCUUGCGAGGAUAAAGAUAGCGAAGACUGGAAAUGCCAAUGCCUAUCUUCAGAUCAAACGUAAUGGCUUGAUGAAUGAGGGACUGGAGAUCACAGAGUCAGGCGAUAAGGACCAGCAGCCAUGUCCCAACAGACCAGGAUCAGCUGUGGCCAGGCAACAUCACCAUCUGCUGCAUUGCUUGGAGCGGACAACUGGACUGUCCUACCUGUUGGAUGACCCUCUCUUAUCGGUACGGACAUCAACUUCCACCAAGAACCACGAGUUUCUCGAUGAGCCGGCUUUCGAACAGAAUUGCCUCGAAGGUUCGAUGCAGAACUGCCCGUCCACUCAUAGCCCCUCACUUUCCUCCGAGUCUGGGACAGCCAGCACCUGUUGUUCCCGCCGGAGUAACAAGAAGUCCACUCACCUGCCCAACUCCAGCGUGUCAGCGGCGAAUCUGAGAAGCAUGCAGGAACUCAGCACCAUUCACAUUCAGUGCGGGGAGCAGAUAUCCUUCAACACCAGUCGUUCCAGUCUGAAUGAUAAAUCGGAGGAGGGAAUGAGGAUCAACUGCAAGAGCUCUCAAAUCACCACGGCGAUAAUCAGCAUCCCGACAUCACCUAGCAUUACACCGGAGGGGGAGAGUCGUCCCCCCAUCCCCAGUCAAUCCAGCACCAACGUGAAUACCACAAGCUGCAAUAUCGUCAAAGUGUCUGCCUUGUAAAAAAGAACAAAGCUGCCCUAGCUCUCAGUCACCUGACAUCCUCAAGAUCACAUGACACUGACAACCACAUGGCAAGGGUCCAAGGAGAAACAGUGGAUGAGUCUAAUUCCAGUAGUAAGGGUGAGGGUGAUCUGACAUCACCACGUUUUACAUCCUGAAGAACCGGCACCGUGUCAAACAAAUAUUUAUUUCUGUUUCUCUUUUUUUUUUGGUGAGAAGAAUAUCAGGGAAAUCUCCCUGACUCAAGAGGGACCAAGGCUAUAACGACUCAAUGCGGGGCAACAGGAGAGAUUACAGAAGCCAGGUCCGCAUUGCUUCAUUUUUAAGCACCUAUCUUAGGUGGCGUUUAAGACGGAUAAUAUUUAUUCACAAACUACGAGUAUGACAAGGCAAGCCUGCUGUGAAAAGGGAGACAGGGAUCUUUUUUUCGUGUGUGUGUGUGGAAAAGUUACUUUACAAAAAAGAACUGUGUCUCACUGAAGAAGCGAUUUAGGCUCCAGAUGUCGUUGUAGUCAACUACUUUUUGACACAUUUCUAGUGAAAGUCACAUUUGGAAUAGAAGACCGCUUUUAACUGUUGAUGUUGAAGAGCUCAUCGGCUAUGGUCUUUAGUAUCAAUAGGAGCUUUCAUUUCUGCUAUUAAAUCCCUGUGACAUUUCAGUGUGUGUUGCUUUCAAGAAGCAACCUUGUGUGAACAUGGUGUUUGUCGGUUAAGUAUAGUCUGUGUGCAUAGUUUGAGGAGAAUACAAUAUCCAGCAAAUUGGUGCAUUCCAUGCACUCAUUCCUCCCUUUCUCAGUUUCAUGCAAUUCGCUCUCUCACCUGCGUAGUGUGACUUCAUUAGUACUAGUUAGGGGAAAAACCAUUUAAUGUAUUUUGCAAAAAAAAACGUGUGAGUUGAAGACAUGGGAACUUGCAUUGAUCUGAGAAUGUGUCGCCCUCUGCUUUUUGCAGAACCGUGAAUUUUAGACUUGAAUUCGAUGGAAGCGUCAGUCAGUAUGUUAGUAUAUUUUGGCUCUGUAUAGUUCAAUGCCAGUAGGGAUCAGAUCCUGAGUUCAAUGCAGAACAAGGGUAGUUUUUGUUUCGGAUUAACGCUCUGGGUGAGUGUGAGUGUGUGUGUGAGUGUGAGUGUGUGUGUGAGUGUGUGUGUGUGUGUGUGUGUGUGUGUGUGUGUGUGUGUGUGUAUGCAUGCAUUUGCGUGCAUGUGUGUGUGUGUGUGUAUGCAUGCAUUUGCGUGCAUGUGUGUGUGUGUGUGCAUGUGUGUGUGUUUGUGUGCAUGUGCUUGCGCGUGUGUGUGUGUGUGUGUGUGUGUGUGUGUGCAUGUGCGUGUGUGUGUGUGUGUGUGUGUGUGUGUGUGUGCACACGCGCUAAGGUAUGGUGGGCCAGAGAAUUUAUUCCCUUAAUCAAUGAGAUUUCAAGAAAGAAAACUAAAAACAGAGAAAGAUAACAGUGGGAACUAUAACCGUAUAAGACUUAGAAAGAGGAAGAAGGCUUAGAUUGCAUAAACAAAUUCAUUCAUUAUCUCUAGUUUUACCAUGAUUUUCCACCAGGUAAUGCUGAAAAUACACAAACCAUAUCAUUGGAGAGGGAAACAAGAGUGAUUUUUCCAUUAUGUCAAUGAUCUUUUAUCGGAUGAUUGCUUUGAAGUGAGAACCCCUCCCUUCUUGUCGGUUGCAAAGAUACAACUAAUAUGUUGAUCCUUUCAGCACUUACUGUGCCAUUCUGAGCAGUAUGCUGCUUGUGUAUGAUAGUCUGCCCAGGUGAACUAGUGCGUGAACUUGCAAUAUUCACGAACUUCAAGGCCAAGUAAGCAGAGACAUCCAGUGGGCCAUCCUAUCUGGGUCUGGUAUUGGGCCAAAGCUUGCUAACAGAAUAUAAAUAUGAUAACAACUACUCACUGUCAUGGAGAGCCAAGUUGGAUGGAGAUUUAAAAGAUUAGCAGAUACUCUGUGAGUCAAAACUGUCCAAAAUCCACUGAUUCAUUUAACUUGCCCUGCUUGCUGAAUUUACAUGCUAAUUGUCCAUCAAAGCUCACUCUAAUCGUAAAAAAGCAAAUACACUUUCAGCAAAGUGAAUAAUUAUUUUUCACAGUCUCUGUCCGAGUAAGUGAAUAAUUUAACUAUCGAUUCACAUCCCUUCACAUAGUGAAUUGUUUGCUGGAAAUUUUAAAGAUUUUGAACUUAUAAUUUUGAAUUAAGUUUUAUUUUUUAAUCAGAGAUACAUCACAGCCAUAGAUUGGACCAACAAGCCCAUACCACCCAUUUACACCCAUGUGAACAAUCGACCUACUAGCAUGUCCACCUUUGAAAUAUGAAAGGAUUCUGGAGCACCCAGAGGAAGUUCGUGCGGUCACGAGGACAAUGCACAAGCUCCUUAAAGACGGAGGCAGGAAUUGAACUGCUGUAAUAGCACUACACUAACUGUUACACUACCUGCCACCCUAAAACUUAUAAUUUCUUUUUUCACUAUUCCUUGCAUUUGGUUCUCUUUCUCACACUCUCCCAACCAAUUCUAUCUUCUCCUCAGUUUAUUUCCCUCCCUGUUGCUAAUUUGACAAAUUCAUACUACCUUAUUCUCCAUCUCUCCUCUAUUUAGACUUGAAACCUCAUUGGUUGAGGGUGUUGAGGAGAUCUGACAUUGCCCUCCCAUUAUCUGUUCACACAGUCAGCAAGGUAUUGGUGGAGCUGAAAAAAGCGAAUUUAGCAACAUACCACUGUAAGAUGGCCCUCUCCAGUAACUCCAACCUGUUGGUACCCACUGCAGUAGUGAGUCUGUGUCAAACCCUUCCUCUGGAAGGGAAGCCAACAAGAAUUGCUUUAAAAAGAAACUUGGUCAAAUUAGAAAUCAUUAGCAAAUUGGGGUGGUAACCAAUACAGAAUGUCUGUCAACACCACACUGGCAGUCAGAGUUAUUGAGGAAAUUUUCACCAAUGCACAACACGGACGUUGGGAAACGUCUGCCCACAAGUCCACUGCAUGACACCCUCCAACGCUGACCAGCUAAGCCGGCAUUUAUUGCCCGUCCCUAGUUGUCCUUGAGAAGGUGGUGAUGAGCUGUCUUCCUGAGAUGCUGCAGUCCCGGAGGUGUAGGUGCACCCACUGUGCUGUUAGGACUCUGCUACCACAUUGUUCCAUUAUUGUAAUCAUUCCCAGCUCCUAGCCCAGACUCUGUGCAGCGUUGCUUUCACCCAAUCAGGUGACUCCCACUGCAGCUCUUCCCCAACUCUUCACUUGACGCAUCAACGUGCAGACGGGGUUCCACUUUUGGACUUGAAUCCAUAUCUAAUGGCAGGCUCCCUCCUUGGAUCUGAGCAGAAGGCAUUAGGUUCAAUUGCCCUUGUGUGAUAAGAUAUUGGCCACAGCUAUUUUGGGGCAUUUUUAUUGAUUUUUCCACUUAGAGUCAUAGAACACUACUGCACAGAAACAGGCCCUUCGGCCCAUCUAGUCCAUGCCAAACUAUUAAUUUGCCUAGUCCCAUUGACUUCCACCUGGACAAUAGUCCUCCCAUCCAUGUACCUAUUCAAUUUUCUCUUAAAUGCCCAAAACCUCAACUGUUUAUUCCCCUCCAUAGAUGCUGCCUGACUUGCUGAGUUCCUCCAGUAUUUUGUGUGUGUUGCUCUGGAUUUCCAGCAUCUGCAGAAUGUCUUGUGUUUAAUGUUGAUUCCUGUUGGAUUUCAGAUCAUCCCUUUUGGCUGGUCCAACAUCCCCUUGGUAAUCACCAAUUUGUUCCAUUGGUUGAGGUACAAAGGACAGGCGGCCCUCUUGAAAUGAUCCACACUGCGACAAAUUCUCCAGUCGGAUGGUUUUGCCAAGUCUUAGAGUUGGCAAAGUACUAGAUCCAUAGAAGAUAUUGGUUACCUCGACCUGCAGUCCACUUAGCCUCAGACGCCACACUCACUAUGACAGAAGAACCAAGGAAAGUCAGCAGUCCAUAAAGGAACAGCAUUCGCAGAGGAACUCAGCAGGUCAGGCAGCAUCUAUGGAGGGAAGUGAACAUUUCAAGCCAAGACCUUUCAUCAGGACUGACAAAGGGAUUCCACUCGAAACAUUGACUGUUCAUUCCUCUCCAUAGAUGCUGCCUGACCUUCUGAGUUCCUCCAGCAUUUUGUGUGUAUUAUUCAAGACUUCUAGCAUCUGCAGAACCUCUUGUGUCUCAGCAACAGAGGAGUGUCUAGCCUGCAUUCCCUGAUUUGCCAUCUGUGAAAACAAGGAAUGAAAAAGAUAAGCAAUUCUCCAGCUAAUGGUUAACCAGAGCAAACUGGUGAGCUGGUAGAGGAACUCAGUAGGUCAGGCAGCAUCUGUAAAGGGAAGCUGACAGUCGAUGUUUUGCAUCGAGACCCUUCAUCUGGAUAUUCAAUUCAAGUACACAGGGGCUGCCUGACCCGCUGACUUCCUCCAGAUGCUUUCUUUUGCUCUAUAUUCCAUUAUCUGCAGCCUCAUUUGUCUCCGUAUCGCUCAAAGGGCCUGAUCACCGCAAACACACCUGAUCAGCAGCGUCAAGUGCUUGCAUUUAUUUGACACCUCUAAGGUAGCACGAUGUUGCUCAAGGAAGCACUUUAUAAGGAGCUUCUGUGCAGAAGACCAUAAGGCCAUUAGAGAUGGGAGCAGAAUUAGGCCAUGCAGCCCAUCAAGUCUGGUCCACCGUUCCAUCACGACCGAUUUAUCAUCCUCUCCGACCCAUUCUCCUGCCUUCUCCCCAUAACUAGUGAUGCUCCCACUUAUCAAGAAGUGGUUAAGGCGUUCGUCUUGUGAUUUGAAGGUCGCUAGUUCGAGCCUCAGCUGUGGCAGCGUGUGUGUCCUUGAGCAAGGCACUUAACCACACAUUGCUCUGUAACAACACUGGUGCCAAGCUGUAUAGGUCCUAAUGCCCUUCCCUUGGACAACAUCGGUGACACGUAGAGGGGAGACUUGCAGCACGGGCAACUGCUGGUCUUCCAUACAACCUUGUCCAGGCCUGCGCCCUGGAAACCUUCCAAGGCACAAAUUCAUGGUCUCAUGAGACUAACAGAUGCCUAUUAUCAACCCCCACGUUAAAUAUAUCCAAUGAUUUGGCCUCCACAGCUGUCUGUUGAAAUGACUUCCACAGAUUCACCACCCUCUGGCUAAAAAAAAUCCUCCUCAUCAAAGAAGGUGAAAGGAAAAUUCUAAUGAGUAAGGUGCAACUGGGAGUGGUGAAGUGAUGAAAUUUGGGAAUGCUCAAGUGGUCAAAGUCAAUUAUUAGAAAGAAUAGUCACUGGCUAUUAAAUGGAUUCUGAGGUCCACUUAUUCAAUCUUCCACUCUGUACACUGUACCCAAUCUCCUACAUUCCCUCACCAAUAUGGCAAACUGCCAUACUGCCAUAUUGUACUUACCAUGAAGAAUUUUCUGUAAGAGGCAACUCGCUUCACAAGAUCACAAGACAAAGGAGCAGAAGUAGGCCAUUCAGCCCAUCAAGUCUGCUCCGCAGCUCCCCCAUGAGCUAAGCUAUUCAUCCACCUAGUUCCAAUUUCCGGCUUUUUCCCCAUAUCCCUUGAUACCCUGACUAAUUAGAUACCUUCUCAGCAGUCAGCCCAGCAGGGUCAUGGUGUCAGCUGCCACCGGGAAACAUGCGAUUUUUACUGGAUAAUUGUGGGCAAAAUCCAUCCUUGCAAAUUUUUAAACGGGGUUUUCCUCAAUUUUGCAGGAAUCAUCUGCCUGGAAGUUACCACUGCACCCAUUCACCACACCAAUAAACAGACAUCUCUAACCUCUAGUCCAGGGGUUCCCAAUCUUUUUUAUGCCAUGGACUCCUACCAUUAACCAAGGGGUGUGCGGACCCCAGGUUGGAAACUCCUACUCUAGAUGCUUGUAUUUUUAUGCCGACAUGGUGUUAAAAACACAAGAGAUUUUGCAGCUGCUGAAAAUCCAGAGCAACGCACAAAAAAUUGCUGGAGGAACUCAGCAGGUCUAGCAGCAUCUACGGAGUGGAAUAAAGAGUCAACAUUUCAUCCGAGACCUGAUGAAGGGUCUCAGCCUACUGUGUCGGCUGUUUAUCCCCCUUCAUACAUGCUGCCUGGCCUACUGAGUUCCCCCAGUAUCCUGAGUGUUGCCUAUGGUGUUAAAAAAGGCAUUAAAAAGAAUUAAUUCCUCUCAAAGGGUUAAUCACUGUUCUGAAAGAGAGAAAAAAACAAGGCAGCCAGUUUGUGAGCAGCAAGUUCCUACAAACAGCGGUCACAAAAUCAUUGAUCUGAUUUUACUGAUGUUGACUGAAGAAAAAAUGUUAACUGUGAGACUGGGAGAAAUUGUGCUGUGGAGUCUUUUAUUGACUCAAGCAAGCAGACAGGGCCACAAGUUAUUAUCUCAGCUCUCUCGUUGCUAUUGGUUUAUGUUCCCACAUUCUGAAUCAGGUACUAAAGGGCAUUGAUAGGAGGCCUGGCUGAAAGUUACGCAGUGAUAUAAUUGCCUUCUGCAUAUUCAGUUUUUCCCAUGGAAGGCUGUUACACAGAAUGGGAAGAGGAGGAAAACGACAGAACAAAAAAGAAGAUAGAAUAGAUUUAUUUUUGAGAGAACUCAUUGUUUUACUUCUAGUGCAGCUCUCUUCUAUCAUUCUGUACAAUCAGAAUUCAGAAUCAGUGGAUCAGAAGUAACGCAUAAAAGGUGGUGGAGGAACUCAGCAGGUCAGCCAGCAUCUAUGGAAAGGAAUAAACAGUCGAUGUUUCGAGCUGAGGCCCUUCACCAUGACUGGAAAGGAGGGGAGAAGAAGGCAGAAUAAGAAUGGGGGAGAGGGAAAGGUGAUAGGUGAAGCCACAUGAAGUGGAAAGCUAGGAGGUGAUUGGUGGAAAAGGUAGAGGGCUGAAAAAGAAGAAAUCUAAUAGGAGAAGCGAGUGAGCCUUGGGAGAAAGGGAAGGAGGGGAAGGCACCAAGGAGAGGUGAUAGGCAAGUGAGGAGAAGAGAAGAGGUAAGAGAGGGACCAGAAUGGGGAAUGGAAGAAGAGGGAAGGGGGAGGGAAAAAUUAGAGAAACCGAUGUUCAUGCCAGUGGAUCAGGUGGCAUUUGUGGAAGAGCCUCAGGGGCCCAGGUUGCUGUGCACCAGUGACUAGAUUUGAAUAACGUGCUUCCUCAACAACACGAUCGCAAUGCAAGGUCUCAAAUUAACAAAGUCAGAAUAGGUGAUAUUAUAACAAGUGACCAAAGGUCUAAUGAAAGAGAUAGUUCUGAAGGCUAGUUUUAAAGGAGGGGUUUUAAAAGGGUGAAGAGAGGCUUGGAGGCAUAGGAUCUCUAUAGCUGAACUGUCCAGAACUAGUCAAUUAUAAAGUUCUUGGAGACUUGCUGAGUUGCUGGACAUCACAGAGAAAGGCCAGCGGAGGUUCCUCUACCUCCCUUUACUCUUUUAAAACGUUGUUUAAAACCUGUCGAUCUCCUUCACUCCAUCCACAAAAAGCAGGGUUUAUCAGUGGCCACCCAGAUCAAUCAGCCUCCCUGUUCCCAUUCUGACGUGUCAGUCCAUGGUCGUCUCUACUGCCAUGAUGGGGCCAUUCUCAGGUUGGAGGAGCAAUGCCCCAUAUUCCACCUGGCUAGCCUCUAGGCUGAAGGCAUGAACACCGAUUUCUCUCUCCAGCCCCACUUGUCUCUUUUUCAAUCACCUCACCUCUUUUCUUCUCCUUACUUGCCUCUUACUUCUCUCUCUGACACCCCUUCUCCAAUGGUCCGCUGUACUCUCCUAUCAGAUUCCAUUUUCUACAGCUCUUUACCUUUUCCACAAAUCACCUCCCAGCUUCUAGCUUGUAGUCCUUCCCCUCUCCCCCCCCCCCACCAACUCCACCUAUUCUGACUUCUUCACCCUUCCUUUUCAGCACCGAUGAAGGUUCUCGGCCCAAAAUGUUGACUCUUUAUUCCUUCCCAGAGACACUGCCUGACCUGCUGAGUUCCUCCGGCAUUUUAUGUGUAUAGCUCUGAAUUUCCAGCAUCUGCAGAAUCUCUUGUGUUUCUAUUUAAAACCUGACUCUUUUCCCAAGCUUUUACUCAUUUGUCUUAAUGAUGUUAAUCUUAUGAAUUAACUCUUCUUGGGCUUCCAGCCGGGUACAGGUACUGAAUUUAAUCAACGUUUUGAUGACAAACUCUGCCAUCUUCAUUAUGGAUGAUGCCUGUGCAUGUCUAGUCUGGUGAUUGUCCAUCCCUCUUGAUACCUGUACCUGGCUGGAAGCCCGAAAAGAGUCUGUUCAUUAUAUACAUCGGGAAGGCACCAGAUCCUUGUUAAUCUUAGUUUGAGGUGGUCUGGGAUGUUGUAUUACAUUAAAAGGUGUCAUGUAAAUAUUAUAUGUUCUUAUUGCUAAUACUCUUUAAGGAUAAACUCCUCUGAAUGAGCUAGAGAACUAUGGGAACAUGCACAACCCUGGCCACACACCUCCCCACGUGCAGUUACAGAACUAGCUGGAUGGAGCACAGGAAGUGCACCUCCAUCACAUUUACCUGAUGGAGGGGCAAAGUGGGAGUGGCGGGGGUGUAAAAGACAGCACAAGCAACAACAGCAAAAGUAAAAGUCUCUUCAGUAAUCAAAAUCAUUAUAGUUCUGGCUGCUACAUUUAGAUUUCUUGGAGAUCCUUUAUAAAUCAACCCUGAAAUAAUUAAUGUGUGCGGAGCAUUUCAUGGCACUGGGCCUGUUCUUACUGGAGUUUAGAAAAAUGGGUGGGGGAGGGAUCUCAUUGAAACCUAACGAAUAUUGAAAGGCCUAGAUAGAGUGCCAAGGAGAAGAUGUUUCCUAUAUUAGGAGACUCCAGGACCAGAGGGCACACCCUCAGAAUAGGAGGCUCUCCCUUUAGGACAGCGUUGAGGAGGGAUUUCUUUAGCCACAGCAUGGUGUAUCUGUUGAAUUCAUUGCUAAAGAUAGCUGUGGAUGCCGAGUGAUUGGGUAUGUUUAAAGUAGAGAUUAAUAGGUUCUUGAUUAGUAAGGUCAUCAAAGUUUAUGGGCAGAAGGCAAGAGAAUAGGGUUGAGAGGGAUAAUAAAUCAGCCAUGACGGAUUGGCAGAGCAGACUCAAUGGGGCAAUUGACCUAAAUCUGUUCCUAUGUCUUAUGCCUUUAUGGUCUAAUGAAGUCAAUGUGGAAGGGCCAUUAGAAAACGCCAAGGAAGUGGAACUAGCUGGACUUACAUAUGACAUACUAACAUACUAACUUACAUAUGACCAAUAUAGAUGCAAUGGACUGAGUGGCCACCUUCCAUGCUUAAUCCAUUCUGAGCCAAGGUGCAAAGAACAAAUUUUCUAUCACUGAAGAAGUAUUGAGAUACAUCAUGAGCAGAUGGUAUCAAUGUUUUUUCUUUCAGUAAAGUCAUUCCUCCCUGAUGACAAGAAGUAAAAAAUAAUCUUCUGCACCCUUCAGUGAGCAUUCAGCAAAGAAAACCUGUCUGGGCACAAAAUAAAUGAGCAAAGGUGGGCUACGGGCUCUCUAACAGAGAGCCAGGAAGCAGGCAAUAAGGAAGCAAAGAGACACUUAAGGGGGGCAGGAAGCACAACAAGAUUGGACAAAUGGAUAACCAAUGGCAGGGCAGCGGGAGGUGGCUGAAAUGACAAUAAUGCCCAGAAUGGAAGUAACUGAAUAUGACAGUCCUAAUCUCAUCAUAAAAACUCUGGGAGGGAAACAGUACGACACACAGAAUAUUAUGGGGUUUGAUCAAUAAAUUCUUCACAAUUCACCUAGUAACAAUUUCAAAUGGAUUUAUAAGUAAUAUGACUCCUGCCACAGUUGCCCAAUAGCCCAUCUCCUCACUCUAACUCCUACUCAUCCAAUACCCAUAUCUCAUUCCCAUCCUGUCACCCAUCUCCAGUCCUUCCCUCUUCUUCCCCCCACCCCCCACGCUCCACUCACUCCCCUCUUCUCUAUCUCCCUUCCACCCCCUCCACCACUCCCUUGAUUUCAGUAAUGCGUGUAAACUUUUUUCAGAUGGAAAUUUUUGCCCACAGUGAAUCGCUCUAGACUUACAAUUAUGUUGGCUCCAAGAGGAAUGGAGGAAGUAAGGGUGGGUUUGCAAGCAUUCUCUGUAAUACCUUCUCCACAAGGCGAAUGCAUUAAAAUAAUAAUAAGCACAUGCAUCAAGACUCUUCAUUCACAACUGUGUCUCUCUUCCUGAACAUUAUGAAGAGUGUGUUGAACUCAAUCAUGCCCUCCUGAUCAGCCCCAAUACCCUCUCCACUGACAGUGGUGCAUCUUACUCCAAUCAGUUGAAUAUUUUGACACCAGUACAACCCAUCUGUAGCAUUCCUAUGUGAUAUGUACCUAGACUAUUAGUAUUGCUUCAUGUUCUUGCGUUUUCUGAUUUGUAUGUAUUAUUUUAAUUAGCUUCAUUUUUAAUCUUUCUAUUGAACCUUCCUUUUGGAAAAAUAAGAUGAACCAUUUUGAAAUCUCCAUCACAGGAAGACAAUGUAGGGAAAGUGCCUAUGAUCAUAUAUUCUCAACGUCAAAUGAUCUCUGUAUUCAUCGUACAGUGGAUGAGGUCAAUAAACUUGAUAGU